AUGUCGUCGCCCCCCGGAAUCCUCUACGUGACGAUGCAGCCGCAGCCCGGCCUGCCGCCCGCCCAGUUCCACGAGUGGUACAACAACGAGCACGGCCCCACGCGCCUGCGCAUCCCCCAGAUCUUCACCAACGGCCUGCGCUACCGCUCCUCCUCUGCCUCUGCCUCAAGCAGCGGCGAUGAUGGCCAGCCCGGCUUCAUGGCCGUCUACGACGUCACCGACAUGGCCCUCCUCGCCACCCCGACAUACACCUCCCUCCGCGCCAACCGCUCCCCGCGCGAGGCCCAAACCAUCGCGCAGGUCGACGUCCGGCGGCGCUUCUUCGACCUGCUGCACACGCGGGCCUCGCCGCUUUUCGCGCCCCUCGAGAGCCUCACCGACGAGGAGGCCGACGGCAUCGUCACCGUCGCGGUGGAGGUCCGGCUGCGGGGGGAGGGCGAGGGGAAGGGGGAGGGGUGUGCUGAAGCGGGCGACGCGUAUGCGAAGUGGUUCGUCGAGGAGCAUGCCGGGCUGCUGUCCAAGGUGCCGGGGUGGCUGCGCUCGCGGCUCUUCAAGACGUCGGCGCUCGAGGACGGGGAAGAUGCAGGAGGGGCCGUGUACUUUGCGCUGCAUGACUACGCGAAGGAGAAUGGUCUGGGGGGAGAGGAGCAUAGGGCAGCGAUGGAUACGCCUUGGCGGACCGAGGUGUUUGACAAGUACGUCGCGUCCAAGGGCCGGCAUACGUGGUCGCUCUUUUACAUCUUUGGCCCCGCGCCGCGCGAACUCGAGUCGCUCUCCUCGCUCCCCGACGAGGCGGCAUUCACAGAUCCCGACGGCAACACGUCCACCGUCCCAGGCUCAGACCCGGUCCUCAACUCCUACAUCGCAACCCCCGACGGGCUCACCCUCCCCUACCGUCUCGAAGGCAACCCCUCCCCCCGCGCCCAGACCGUCGCCUUCUGCAACUCCCUCCUCACGUCCCUACACAUGUGGGAUCCCCUCGUCGCCAUCCUCAAGCGCUCGCGCCCCGACCUGCGCAUCCUCCGCUACGACACCCGCGGGCGACACGCCGUCCCGCAGCCCCCCACGCCCGCCACCCUCGAGGCCCUCUCCUCGGACCUCGCGCACCUCCUCGACGCGCUGCGCGUCCCCACGCUGCACGCCCUCGUCGGCGUCUCCAUGGGCGGCGCCACGGCCCUGAACUUUGCGCUGACCCACCCGCGCCGCCUCGACCGCCUCGUCGCCUGCGACUUCAACGCCGUGUCCAGCCCGGCCAACACCCAGGCGUGGAAGGACCGCGUCGCCGUCGCGGAGAGCGAUGGCGGAAGCGGCAUCAAGGUUCUCGCUGAGCAGACGGUAGCGCGGUGGUUCCAUCCGGAGAGCAUGCACAACGCGGACCUGGUCAAGUGGAUGACAGACAUGGUAGCGGAGAAUGACGUCGACGGCUUCAAGCACAGCUGCACCGCGCUCUGGGACUACGAUAUGAAGCCCCAGAUGCCGAGCUGCAGCGUGCCGAGUCUGCUCGUGGUGGGCGAGGGGGACGCCAAGGGGGCACUCGUCAAGGCCAUGGACGGGUUCAAGGGGUCACUCGGGGCCGAGGGUGCGGAGCUGAAGAUUGUGCCAAACGCUGGGCACCUGCCCAUGUGUGAAGAACCAGACGCCUUCUGGGGCGCCAUCAAGGACUUUCUCUAG